AUGAAGCACCAAAAACAUAUCCACAACGCUCAGCUCAUUGUCAAGGAGGAAGACACCAGAAGACAGAGGGUCACCAAACAAGUUCUCCUCGACGAGAACUCGACAUUGCGCGAGCAACUUGCUGAGAAGGAAGCUCAAAUCAACCAGCUCACCGACAAGCUCGACCAGACGCGCAGUGACCUAGACUCAUUAAAGGCGACAAGUCGCGACCAGGAAACCCAGCUGAAGGCCCAGAGGAGGGAGUUUGACCACAUCAAGGCCGAACUUGAAUCCCUCAAUAGCCUAUCCCAAGAGUCGACCAAGGUGCUGGCUGAGAAGCUCACCCUGUCUAGGGAGGUCAACGCCAUGAGACCUGAGCUGGAACACCUACAGUCACAAGUAGCUCACCAACAAAACGCAAUCGCCGAGAAGCUAGAACUGGAGCGUCAGCUCAACAUGGCCGAGGUGGAACUGGCUGCCGAGAAACGAGCACGAGAACAACAAGCAGCCCAGGCGGAGGGCGACAGAACGACUGAAAACGAACUGCGACGCAAGCUCAAGGAUGCCGAGAAGAAGUUGACCGCCGAGAAGCGCGAAAAGGAACAAUUGCAAGAAGAGCUGGAGGCGGCCGCAUCUGCUGCGAAAGCAGGACAAGAGAACACAAAGGUCGAGCGCGAGCUGACCAAGAGGCUUCAAGAGCUCGAAAAGACGCUCUCGGCCGAGAAGCGGGAGAGGGAGAAGAUGCGUAAGGAGAGUGAUAUUGCUCUAUCAGAAGCCCAGGCGCAGAGCGAAAUGCUUGAGCAGCGUCUCGACACGGUCAAGUCCAAGUUGCGGAACACGCAGGAAGAGUUGAAGGCAGUUCGCUCGGAACUGGUUGCCCGACCGCUGGCGGCACCAACGGCGCAGCCCGCCGCACGCGCUGGAGGCGCAAAGGCGCAGGGUGGCCGGAAGCGAAGAGUCGAGGAACUUACCAUCAACGACAUGAGCAUCGGAACUCCAGAGGAGAUCACUCGCGGCAGGCGCCCUGCUAAGAAGAAGGGUCUUGAGCAGACUCUUUUGGGCGAGAAAUCGCUGUUCUCCAUCACGCCCUUCUUGGCCAAGUCCAAGACGCUCAAUGUUGAGGAUGCUGUUGCCGAAGAGGACGAAGAGCAGAACGAGGCUGAUGUCAGCUACAUCCCGCUUUCUCAUCAAUCGCAGUCUCAAUCUCGGGAGGUCGAGGUUGAGGUCGAAUCAGAGCCUGAAGCCGAGGCUGGGCCGGAAGAGACGGAGGAGGCUGAAGUACCAGAAGAGAAGCCCGCCAAGGCUACUAAUACUAAGCCGAAAACCAAGCCCGAGGGAGAAGCGAAGAAGCCUCGCGGCAGACCCAAAAAGGCUUUGGCCGAGGCAUCCCCCAACAUGCCCGUGCAGUCGGCUCCGGCCGCAGUUAGCAAACCUUCGGCCAAGGCCAGCUCACCGCUUGAGCAAGUGCCGGAGGAGCCCGAAACCGAAGAGCAAGAGGAGGUAGUGCCUCCGAAGGCCGCCCGCGCGGGCAAGAAAGCCACCAUGCCUGCGGCGAACGCCGUGGGAGGGGGCGACCAUGAAACCAAGAAGAAGAAGCGCAAGCUCGGUGGUGAUUCAGCGACUCUGUUCGAUGAUGACGACGGCGAGGUUGCUCCAGCCGCUGCCAAGCGGCCCGGCAAGGCUGCUCUGGGUGCCGGAAAGGCUCUCGGCAAGACCCACCUGACCAUGGUGCGCAACGCUGGUGCCUUCGGUAAGAAGACGUUCUCGCCCCUCAAGAAGGAUAGGAGAGGAGUUGGUGCAAGCUUCCUGGCCUAA